AUGUUUUGGUGGGUGAGGGGUGAAGUUAUGAUGAGGGCAGUAAGGUUUAAUGAGAUGGUGAUGGGCAUAGAGCAUGUUGAAAUUCGAUACAUAAAUAAUCCUGUUAUCAAAAUUUCAGAUGUGCCAAGAUAUGGAAAGUCAUACUUUGAGGGAGAUUUCCAAAGACGACUGUCGAAGGAAGGCUCUGUUGAUGUGCCAAGAUAUGGAAAGUCAUACUUUGAGGGAGAUUUCCAAAGACGACUGUCGAAGGAAGGCUCUGUUGAUGUGCCAAGAUAUGGAAAGUCAUACUUUGAGGGAGAUUUCCAAAGACGACUGUCGAAGGAAGGCUCUGUUGAUGUGCCAAGAUAUGGAAAGUCAUACUUUGAGGGAGAUUUCCAAAGACGACUGUCGAAGGAAGGCUCUGUUGAUGUGCCAAGAUAUGGAAAGUCAUACUUUGAGGGAGAUUUCCAAAGACGACUGUCGAAGGAAGGCUCUGUUGAUGUGCCAAGAUAUGGAAAGUCAUACUUUGAGGGAGAUUUCCAAAGACGACUGGCGAAGGAAGGCUCUGUUGAUGUGCCAAGAUAUGGAAAGUCAUACUUUGAGGGAGAUUUCCAAAGACGACUGUCGAAGGAAGGCUCUGUUGAUGUGCCAAGAUAUGGAAAGUCAUACUUUGAGGGAGAUUUCCAAAGACGACUGUCGAAGGAAGGCUCUGUUGGAUUAGCAGAUCUCCACCCAUCUGCAAUUAGAGGAUCAGACAAUUUGCUGAAUGAGAGAGGGAAAGUGACACCUGGAUCAGCAGAUCUCCGCCCAUCUGCAAUUAGAGGAUCAGGCAGUUUGCUGAAAGAGAGAGGGAAAGUGACAGCUGAUUUGACAAGACACACAGCAUCAAAUGUGGACAGAGGUCUCCAAAGACAGCUGGUGAAGGAAGGUUCUGCUGAUUCUACACUUGCUACCAAGUACGUGAAAGAUAAUGAAAAAAAGUAUCUGAAUAAAUAUCCUAUGGAAUUUGGAGGAAGACUUGGUACUUUGUUGCUGAUUUUGUUCCUGCCUUUAUAUGUCUUGAGUUUGUUUAGUUUUAAUUUGGUACCGGACCCAACAAAAUUUGAAGUAUUGUUUCAAAUGCAGCUUGUACUGAUUCCUCAAGUGGCUGUUGGAAUAAUAAUGCUUAUAAUUUUCCAAGCUUUACUUAGCAUUGUGCCUAUUGGCAAAGUUGUCAGUGGACCUCUGACUAAGCUUGGGAUUUUGAAAAUGCGGUGUAAUGGAAUUUUCGCAGCCCUGUUUGCACUGGUUCUAAUUUCAUCAGUGUGCUACUUCAAAAGGGAAGUUGCUGACAUUGUAGUCAGUGUGUAUAGUGAGGCUGCAGUUUCAGCAAUGCUUGUGGGAAUUGUAUUUUCUCUAAUUCUGUACAGAAGAGGUGGUAAAUUGCCUAUCUCCUAUCUUAAUCCAUAUGGAUCAAAAGGCUUUAUGUGGUAUGACUUCUGGAUGGGACGAGAAGUUACUCCUCGUAUUGGAAAAUUCAAUGUAAAGCUCAUCCUUCAUCGAUUUUCCAUAAUUAUUGUGAUUGCACUGAACAUGUUGAUUGCCAUAAAAGCAUAUUUGCAGGGAGUGGAAGAAGAAAUAUUAAGAUCUGUUAUAAUAUCUACAAUAUUGCAGUCGUUAUAUUCUUUACACUUUAUUUUUCAUGAAGACCUGUAUCUGUAUUCCUUCCUAGCUAUCUCAGAAGGUGUUGGAUACAUGAUAGCAGUGGGACUUAUGACAUUUCCAUUCAUAUUGACAUUCACUACAAAAGCUAUCUUGGACUAUAGAUUAAAGGCAUCACUGACAGAAAUGUAUAUUGUACUGUGUUCCUAUACAAUUGGACAAAUAUUAUUACAGUCGAGCAGCCACAGGAAAAUGCUCUCUCUAAAAAAUCCAGUCACCUCAGUUUGGAGGGUGAAUGUGCUGCCUAAAUGGAGUGCUGCUGUUCAGAUCAGAGCAUAUAUGGGAGAGAUCAUUAUAUACUGGGCUUUGGCUUUGGUUGCUGUGUUGCAAACUAUAACAGGAGUUCCUGCAGCCUAUAUUACUUACGAUAAUGCACUGAUGGGAAAACCAGAUGUAGCUGCCAUAUUUGAUAGGGAAAACUCCUGCUGCUUCAGUAAAGAGGUUCCUUUGUGA